AUGUUUGAGCAAACAACUUCCGAUCACUCUAGCGACGGUUCUUAUGUUGAAAUGGUGCAACCCGUUUAUACUACUCCCGAAGGUUAUGCAUAUACCUUGCCAGCUUAUGAAGCUGAGCUUGGAGAGGAAAUUGAUCUUAUCGAACAGCAAGGGGAUUAUACUGGAUAUGUUGUUCCUGGAACCAGUGCUGGUUAUGAAGUCGUGGACUCAAAUGCGGUCGAUCGUUCUCGACCACUGGUUAUGCAGCAAACGGUCUCUUCGGUUCCGCGUAUCGUAUCUACAGCUGGAGCUCCAGACUAUGCUCUAGACCAUCCUUCUAGUUCUAAGGUAACACCCAAAGUGACCAGUGUGAAGAGGCCACUUUUUGCUGUUGCAGCGAAUCCUGGCUAUAGAAAAACUCCUGAUGUUCAGCAAGACUUAAGUUACGCACCAACAGCCCAACAGAGUAAGCGGCCGAAAACGCAGAACCCAGGGUACAAUUUGUAG